AUGGAGUGGCCUUCCGCAAACCAGGCGCCUGCCCUCAUUAAGGCGGUCAAGGCAUUCUUUGAUUCGCCGGGCCAGGAGCCAAGUUCGCAGUCGCUUGACGGCCUGCUUCCUCGGCUCGAGGAGCUCCGGAGAGGCGAUCAGCCCGAAGUGUGGGACAGGCUAAUCGAGUCGUUGGCUGACGCCUGCCGCGACCCAAAAUGGCGCGAGCCCAUCGAGCAGUCUGGAAUUCUGAAAUAUUAUCUGGAGAACCUCGACGCCGCCUCGCUCCCGCCCGCCUCUUCCAAGCAGUUGCUGCGCGCCAUCGGCAAUGGCGUUGCGGACCGCGAUGAGUCGAGAGCAGUCGUGCUUGCCUUUCUCGACAAGAUCAUGAGCUGCCUGCAGAACCCGGCUCUUCUGCCUGUUGCCAUCAGCGUCCUCUACAACACAUGUCUUGGAUACGAGCCUGCGCAAAAGGAGGCGGCAGGCUUGCGGCUCGACCGCCAGCUCUGCCGUCACUUGGCCGACGACGCGCCAAACAUCUCUCAGCUCAUAGAACUCCUUGCCUGGGUAUCCGACAACCUCUCAGAGGAUGUCCUUGCCGAGUCCGAAGACUGCCUGGCUGCUAUAAUGCAGUGCAUCUCGGCCUGCGAGGAAUGGGAGGACUUCAAGAACCUCAUCGCCGCAGCAUCCGUCUACCUGCAAGACAGCAGCAUUCAGCACAAAAUCCUCCACUCGGACGGUCUUUCCCAGAUCACCACAAUUCUCAAGAAAAAGACCGACCAGCUCCCCCUGCUGCAGGCCACCAUGGAUGAGGAAGAAACGAAAGACUUCCUCGAAGAUCUGCGUAUCACGACUGGUCUAGUCAUGAACAUCAUCGCCGCCAUCACCGCCUCGGAUGACUUUACGCGCCUCUACACCCUCUCCUCGCCGCUGAUUCGUGAACAAGGCGCCUGGCUCUCAUCACCUAGCCCCAUCCUCCGCACCUGCGCCUGUAUCACGCUCGGCAACAUAGCCGUGUCCGACGCCGUCAACGUGGAGAUGGUGCGCGAGCACUCGUACCACCUCCCCACCCUCCACAUCCUUGCUACUGCCACCGACCGCACCGAGCUCUACCUUGCCGCCGGCUUCCUGCGGCACCUGGUCCAGCCAGCCGCCAACAUCGAGCCGGUCACGGCGGCGGCUCCGCUACCGACGCUCGCCGCGCUCCUGGACCGCAAGGAGACGGAGCUGGACUUUGAGGUGGCGGCAGUGCUGCGGCGACUGGUCAACAACUCUCGUGACAUCGCCGCCGCGCUGGCUAAGGAUGGUGCAACCCUCGGCAAGCUGCUGGUCGCAACAAAGCAGACCAAGACUGGCUUCGAGGUCGGCCGCCUGCUCAUCGCCAUCUUCCGCAAGCUGCGCGAGCGCCAGCACGACCCCGCCGAGGACGACACCGCCAAGGCGGAUGUGGAGCAGUGUUGGACCAGCCUACUGACCCACAACGAGCUGCUGCGCCCGCUCGAGCUGAUGGUGCGCCAGGAACAGGUCCCCGCGCUAGCGUCAGAGGCGUGGUUUGGGCUCGGCUUGGUUGCUUCUUCCACGGCAGGCGCGAGGAAGGUGGCAGACGUAUUCAAAGACGAAGACAACUGGAAAGCUCUCAGGAAUGCAGCCACGACGGGUGACAGGGAGAGCGCCGAUAGGAAGAAUGUCAUGACCACGGUGCAUGUGGUGGCGCGGUCGUUGGAAGGCGAAGAGAAGCAGAGGUGGGAGGAGAUGGCGAAAGAGUGUUGGGACGGAUCAGCACUGGCCACGCAAUGA